GGGAGAGGCAGGACAGUAACAAACGAACAGCUGAUGUCUGCGGACGUCUAAGCUUAAAGGUGAGAGGGAUUCAGCAGCAACACCAGCAUCAAAACAGUGGAUGACUCCUGGAUAUAAACGGGGUUUUCUCUGUGCGUUUUUCCUCAUAAACCGUGCAAAAAGUAAGUGAUGUGCAAUCUAUUCCAUUCGACAGGUGUACAUGUUUGAAGGAAUUAGCACAUUAAGGUGAUAGAAUGGCAGUAGUAGCUAAUCUGUGUCUAGUUGGCUGGGAUUUGACAGAAGAAGAGCAGAAAGAAGAGGAGUUUUAUAGGGAGGUAAAGGAAGCAGAGGAAGGAGGAAGAUAUGUGGUGGAUGACGAGCAAUUGAGGGAAGGAGCGCUUGAUGAGGAGACAAAUUACGGGGGAGAGGAGCAACAGCAGCAAUUUGCAGUGCAAAUCAGAGAACAUGUGAGAAUAAUUGAGGAUGCGAACAUUGAACAAAACCAAGGAAGUUCAAGAGGAGGACACAAGACAAGAACAAAUAAGGAAGAGGAAGCUAAGAAGUUGACAGCUAAGAAAGAAACUAGAUUCAGAGUUGAUCAGGAAAAGCUUCAAAAGGAAGAGGAAGGGUCUUCUGUUGGUGGGGAAGCAGCACAUUCAACGGACAAAGAAGCAGAUGCUAAUUACGAAGAUGUGGUGAAGAUUUACAGCCAAAGUGAUCAUCCCACAGAGCUUUUCCGCACUUUGGCAGAGUUCAGGGACUCUUCUCUUCUCACUGACCUUAUUUUGAGCACAGUGGAUGGGAAGACUUUCAACACACACUCUCCUGUCCUGGCUGCUGUUUGCUCCCAUAUCCAAGAGAGACUUAUUCAAAGAAGUGUACAUAGAGUUGAUGAGAGAAAAGAUCCAAGUGUUGGAGUCCAAAUGUGGUCCAUGUCUCUGGGUCCCGGGGUGGAUCAUGUUGGAUUAAAAGCAGUUGUGGAGUUUGCCUACACUGGAAUGAUUUCAUGUUUGAACAUGAGCACUUUGCACCAGAUAAAGACUGCAGCUCAAACAUUGGGUGCUCAAAGAGUUAUGGAUCUCUGCAGAGAGGAAGAGGAAAAGUCCACAAAAACUGAAGGGCAGAAAAAAGAGGUGAAAAUGUCAGCAGCAGAACAAAUGAAAAUCAGCCUUCAGUCCAUCAAACGCCUGUGCAUGGAGAGAGUGGGCUGUGAUGUCAUUCUGGAAGCUCAUGGGGGAUCUUUUCAUGUCCACAGAGUCAUCCUGGCUGUCUGCACUGACUUCUUCCGUGGCAUGUUCACCUUGGGGAUGAUGGAGACCUUUCAGCCCCGCGUGACCCUUCCCUUCGUUUUGGCCUCAGAGCUGGAGGUUCUGAUUGACUGCUCUUACAGCGGGACUCUCCCCCUCAGCUGGAAGUAUGUUUUUGAGAUCACCUGCACCGCUCUCCAGCUCCAAUACCAGCCGGUCCUCUCCUUGUGUCUUAACUUUCUGCGUCAAGAGAUAAAUCCUCACUCCUGCCUGGAUGUGGCAUCUUUCGCAGAGGCCUACGAGAUGCCGCAGCUUCUUGAAGUCGCAGAUGAUUUCGCCCUGCUGGAAUUCCCGAAAGUUGCACGCAUCUCAAAGUUCAUGGACUUGCCGGCCAAAAACCUCCUAAAGUACGUGACGAGUCCCUCACUCUGUGUUUCAUCUGAGCUCGUUGUAUUCAAAGCGGUCGUGGCAUGGAUCCAAGCAGAGCCCAAAACAAGGUUGAAGUUUGCUAAAGGACUAAUGAAAACCAUCCACUUUCCCCUGAUGACGGACAAGGAAUUCAAAGAGGUCAAAUCUCUGACCAUGUGGUCUGAUCGCAACCUGUCACAGCUCUAUGAGGCAAUUCUUGAGGAAUUCCGCUCCAAACAGAAUGAUUGCCGGAUCUAUCAACCGAAACACAGUCUGGUCUUGAUCGGGGGUGAUCAGAUCUCUGAAGACCUGCGGGGACGCAGCAUCAGCAGAGAACUCUGGAUUUUGAACUCCCUAAGGACUUAUACAGGGCUGAAAAAGGCCUUGGAGUGGAAAAAGUUGGCAGAGAUGCCCGAGCCAGAGAGGUUCAGUCAUGAGGUGGCAGUCCUCAAAGGACAACUAUACGUGUUUGGAGGCAAGAACUAUUACGGCAUCAGCGACAACCUGAACUCGGUUCUAAGGUAUGACCCUCUUCAAAACAGCUGGGAGAACCUGACUGAAAUGCAGAAAGACAGAUGCUCUUUCUCUGUGGUCGUUCUGGAUGGAAUGAUAUAUGCCAUUGGCGGACAUUGUGACCCUGAAUAUAUGGAGACUGUGGAACGAUACUGCCCCACUAAGAACUCUUGGAGCUUCACAUGGCCCUUGGAUCUGCCUCUGACUGGCCAUGUAGCAAAAGUGUUUCAAGGCAAGAUCUUUAUUUCAGGAGGGCUGAGCAGCAACUUCCAAUAUCUAUCAUCGAUGUUUCUGUACCACCCAGAGACAGGAAGCACUUAUUUGGCAAACAUGAUUAAACCUCGAGCCCAUCACUGCAUGGAGAUCCUGGGUGAACGUCUUUUUGUCGCGGGUGGAAUCACUGCAGAUGAUAACAUGACUGUGGUUGACCUGCUAGCUUGUGAGGUAUACAAUCCAGUGGCUGACUCCUGGACUGCUUUCACAUCUCUACCGGUGCCACAUGUAGGAGCAGGAGGAGCAGUUCUGGAGGGAAAGUUUUAUGUGCUGGGUGGAUACAGUCAGGAGGACUUCAGCGAAACUAAGUUGGUGCAUCGUUAUGAUCCCACCAGGAAGAGAUGGGAGAACAUGGGCAAGAUGCCUGGUCCGAACAGUGACAUACAGGCUUCUGUGCUGUGUUUGCCACCACAUUUGAGAAUGUAAGAUAUUGUGAAGUUUAAGGGCCAUGAAACAAUAUCACAGAGGAGGAGGGUGACUUUCCAAAUAGAAUUCACAAGAUUAAAGUCUGAGACAUUCACUGAGGUUAAGGUGGUAAGUGUUGGUUUAAAACUGCUUAAAUAUACUGAGAAUUUAAAGGAAAACGUGUUGUAAAAAGUAUUGUAUAUGUAAGUAUUUGAUAUCCUUUUACACAAUACAUAAAUCAAAGUUGUAGGCGUGCAAAAGGUUUGAUUAUGUGUAAUGUAGUGCAUAUUGGUGCUAUAUGUUCAAAGUAACUGAACAGUGUUAAAAAGUGCAGUGAUGCAAUGAUUCCUGUCACCAGGAAAAGAAACAAUGUAAGAGUUGGAUUGGCAUUUUCUCUUCUGAAGUAAGUUUAUUAACAGUUUCAAUAAAAUGUUCUUGAAGAUUACAAA